GAGAAGGCAUCUGCCCUGCACAGACGCAGCCCAGAGAUGUUCUCUCAAAAGCUGCUGCUGCUCUGGCUAGCAUGGAUGGGGACUCUGGUAGCCCUGAGCCACCAAACUCCAAGGUUGCUAAUGGUUGCCCCAAGUGUGAUACCAGUGGGGGCCGAGGUGGGGAUCGUGCUUCAGGUCGAGGGGGCCACAUCCAGGUUCUCAGGCACAAUCUAUUUCCAGAAUGAGAAUAACAUGAAAAAAUGUUCCAAUGAGGAGUCAUUCAACUUUUUGCCCAACACCUUUGUGCAAAAGGUUACUCUGAAGGUGACCCACGAACUCUUUACCGAAUGUGUUCUGGCUCGCCAGCGACGGAACCGCUACAUCCAACUUGUUGCCCGCAACUCCCUGCUCCCCAAUGGCGGCGUUCAAACCCUCAACCUGCGCUGGAGUGCCCGGCAAGGGUACCUGCUGGUGCAGACGGACAAGCCAAUUUACACCCCACAGCAAAAGGUGAAUUUCCGAGUCUUUGCCCUGGAUCACAAAUUGCGGCCAAGCACUGAGCCAGUUGUCAUCACUGUGCAGAACUCACGAGGUCUUCAGAUCCGGAAAGUUGAGCGUGUGCCAGUGAAUUUUGUGAUAAACGAUCACCUGUCUAUCCCUGAUAUCUCUGAGCCAGGCAUUUGGCGUAUCACAGCCCAGUUUGUCAACACACUGAAUUUCAACACAACAACAGAGUUCGAGGUGAAAAAAUAUGUGCUCCCUCAUUUUGAUGUGACAAUUGUUCCAGAACGUAAAUACAUCCUCCUUUCAGGACAGCAGGACUCUGAAUUGCGAAUUGACCUCCAGGCUAAAUUUUUCUAUGGGAAGGGGGUCAAUGGCACAGCCUACGUGCGGUUUGGUGUGAGUGAUGACAAUAAGGAGAAAGUUUAUAUCCCAGGACUCGAGCAACAAGUCUCCAUAACCGAUGGCCGUGGCUCACUAAUGCUGAAACGCAGCCUCCUCGCAGAGAAACUGGGGCGCCCUCUGGAGAACCUAAUUGGAACAGCACUCUACAUUGCAGCCACUGUCAUAGAGGCAGCAAGUGGCGAGCUGGAGGAGCAGGAGCUUGCUUCAGUGAAAUUUUUGGCAUCUCCAUAUUCAGUUGAUCUGUCCAAAACCAAGCGCCAUUUUGUCCCUGGUGCACCCUUUGAAGUGCUGGCUACUGUUUCACUCUCAGAUGGCACUCCUGCCUCCAACCUCCCAGUCCGUUUCUCAACCCAGAUAAGAGGGGGCUCAUCCCCCAAUGAUGAGCGAGUGGACAGCAGUGAGCAAGGGGCUGUGAUAUACAGGAUGAAUGUUCCCUCUGGAGCUACCUCCAUCACUUUCACGAUAACAGCAGGGACAGAGUCUCCAACAGAAGUCACUCUGACUGCCAAAGCAAUGAACUCUCCAAGAGGCAACUACUUGAUCAUUGAAAGCCCAAAAUACCAAGGCUUGAACCCCGGAGAAACUCUCUCGCUGGGGCUGAAACACGUUGGAUCGGCUGCCUUCUCCCACUUCUACUACCUGGUUUUGAACAAAGGCGACAUUGUCUCUGCCAACAGUAUCAACCGUGGAACCUUUACGGUCAUCUCUAUCCCCAUCACACCCAGCCUGAUGCCAACGUUCCGCUUUGUGGCCUUCUACCGUGUUGGGGAUGAAGUUGUGGCAAACUCCAUCUGGGUUGACGUCGUGGACCGCUGUGACGGAAGACUGGAGCUCCGCACAUUAGGAAACCCUGACCAGCUGCAACCUCAGGACCUCCUGAAACUCGCCAUAACCACUGAUGUGAAAUCCUUUGUGUCGCUUGCUGCUGUUGAUACUGCGGUUUACGCCCUCAACCGGAAGAAUCGCCUCACACAGGGCAAGGUUUUCCAGGCUAUGGGAAGCUAUGACCUUGGCUGCACAGCUGGCAGUGGGGAAGAUACCCUUGGCGUUUUCACUGAUGCUGGACUCUCUCUGCGUACUGGUUCUCUACAGAGUGAGCUCCGGAAAGCACAUGGGUGCAGUGAGAGUGUUUCCCGGAAGAAGCGUUCGCCGCAGUUCCAGUUCCAACUCCAAAGCAUGCGUUCCAAGUACUCAACCCCUGAAUCGCGGAAAUGCUGCCAGGAUGGCAUGGUGCUCCUUCGAAGAGCCAUAACAUGUGAGGACCGUGCCAGGCGGAUAUCAACGCGAGAGUCUGAGGAAUGUCAUCGUGCCUUCCUUGAAUGCUGCAAAUAUGCUGCCCGUCUACGACGCAAAUCCUGGGGAUCCCACAAUCUUGGGCGAACUCUAGAUGAGGAAGAUGAGGAUUUCAUUGAUGACGAUUCCAUUCAACUCCGGAGCGUCUUCCCUGAGAGCUGGCUCUGGAAAACUUUCUCCGUAGAAGGAACCCGCACGGAAAACUUGAUUCUCCCCGAUUCCAUCACCACCUGGGAGAUCCAGGCUGUUAGCAUGUCCUCUGCAAAAGGGAUCUGCGUCUCAGAACCUCUUCGAGUUAGAGUCUUCCAAGAUUUCCACAUCUCUCUCAGGCUGCCGUACUCAGUGAAACGGUUCGAACAGAUAGAGCUUCGCCCUGUUCUGUACAACUACCAUUCACAACCAGUCAGUGCCUUGGUGUAUCUGGAGCCUGCUGAGGGCAUCUGCUCUCCAGCAACCGUCGGCCCGGCUCGGAAGCAGAGGGUUGUUGUGCCUGGGAAUUCAGCGGUGCCCCUGCCCUUUGUUUUGGUUCCCAUGGGAGCAAACGACAUUCCCAUCACCGUUGUUGCCAUUGGCGGCUGGGGGGUGGGCGACAAAGUUUCCAAGAACCUACGGAUUGAGAGAGAGGGUGCUGUUCGGGUGGAAGAAUACACCAUCCCCAUAUCAAGUGAAGCUGGACAAUCCAGAUCUGUGGAGAUUUUAGGAGAUAUACCCUCCAACUCCAUUCCUGAUGGCGACUUCAAGAUGAGUGUCCGGUUGACAGGAUCGCUGCCAGCUGACACUCUGGAGAGUUCUCUGACACCAGAAGGUCUGUCAACUCUCUUGCGGGUUCCACAUGGAUGUGGGGAGCAAACCAUGUUAUUGAUGGCCCCUGGGGUCUAUGCCAUGCGCUACCUGGACAGCACUGAGCAGUGGCUACACCUGAAACCGGAGAGCAAGGAGAAGGCACUGGAUAACCUCCGUACAGGCUAUGAGCGAAUCCUCACUUUUCGGAAGCGUGAUGGGUCGUAUGGAGCUUGGCUCACCCACCCUAGCAGUACUUGGCUGACGGCUUUUGUGGUGAAAGUUUUAUCUCUGGCCCGUGAGUACCAGGGUGUGGAUGAGACUAAGGUCCGUGAGUCAGUGCAGUGGCUUCUGGCAAAGCAACAGUCAGAUGGUUCCUUCCAAGACCCAGCCCCUGUCUAUCACCGGGAAAUGCAGGGUGGUGUUGGCGGCCUUCACGCAGGAGUCUCACUCACAGCGUUUGUCACCAUCGCACUUCAAGAGGCCUUGGUCAUGUAUGAAGGAGAGAACCUUGAACCAGAGAAGCAGCAACAGCUGAGCCAAGUGAAACACCGCCUGGCUCAGGCUACCUCCUUCCUUGCCCUCUCCUUGGAAGAGCGAUCUCUGGGUGCCUAUCCUGUCGCCAUUGCUGCUUACGCCCUCUCGAUUGCUUCUGCCAACCUGUCGGCCAUCACUACUGCUGAUUCUCACCUGAGGAGGCUGGCUACAGAGGACAAAAACAACACGAUGUUUUGGGCGGUGGAAGAGCGGGACCGACUGAGAGGGGAGAAGAGAUCUGGGCAGGUUCCCUCUGCCUCAGCCAUCUCGGUGGAGGCCACAAGCUACGCUCUCCUCUACUUGGUGAAAAAAAAGGACAUCACAAUGGCCCACAAGGUUUAUAAGUGGCUGACAGAACAGAGGAACUAUGGAGGAGGCUUCAAAUCCACCCAGGACACAGUGGUGGCCCUGGAAGCUCUGUCGCAGUACUGGAUCAGCACCUACCAGGAGGAAGACAAUGAACUGAAAGUGACCCUCAGCGUUGCUGGGAAAAGCUGGCCGAUCUCCCUCUCACCUGGGAGAUCAAACCAUCCAGUCCAGGAAGAACUGCAGUUUUCUUUGGGGAGUAACAUCAAUGUAAAGGUGGAGGGGAAAGGAAAAGGGACUUUGACAGUCCUGAAGCAAUAUCUGGUCUUGGCUAUGCAAAACACUACCUGCCAAACCCUUGGGUUAGAGGUGAAGGUGAGCGGCUCCAUUCAGCGUUCACGUGAAAUGCUUGACUACUACUACGAAUAUGAAGAUGAGGAUGAGGUUGAGGUUGCCGGUGAAAGAAAGGCACGGUCUCUACCUGCUGACCAGCCAUUGUCUCCUAUCCACUUGUUUGAUGCCCGGCAACGCCGCAGGAGGGAAGUCAAAGCCCCCGGCCAGCCGCAACGGGUUGUCACCUAUGAAGUCUGUUUUUGGAGGCAACCUGGAGCACAUGUCUCAGGCAUGGUCAUCGUUGACAUCACUAUGCUUAGCGGCUUCCAACCCGACAAGGACGACCUUGACAAGCUCAAAGAUCUUGCUGAUAAGUACAUCAGCCACUGGGAGCUCCAAGGACCACGGCUGUUGCUGUACAUUGACUCGGUUCCAGCAACAGAACGUGAAUGUAUAGAAUUUGCAGCAAAGCAGUUAGUAGCUGUGGGGAAACUCCAGCCAGCAAGUGCCACUCUGUAUGACUUCUAUGAACCAGACAAGCGCUGCAGCAUCUUCUACGGUGCCCCCAACAAGGACCAGUAUGUGUCAGCCUUGUGCUCGGAUGAUGUCUGCCAAUGCGCUGAAGGGGCCUGCCCACGGUUGAAGCGUACCCUGGAUGAGGCCAUUACAGAAGAAGACCGCAUGCAGUUUGCGUGUUACGAACCUCGUGUGCACUAUGCAUUCCAGGUUCGAGUGGAACGUGAGAGCAAAGAAAGUGCCUUUCGUGUCUACGAAGCUACGAUCUUGGAACCCUUGCAAUUUACUGCAGACAUUGGCAUCUCCCAGAACCAGACCCGGCGCUUUGUGGUCCGUGCAGCGUGCCGGACCCGCUUGGCCGCAGGCAGCAAAUAUCUGCUGAUGGGACGUGAUGGAGAAACCCGUGACUCUGAAGACCGCCCCCAGUAUCUGCUGGAUAGGAACUCUUGGGUGGAGGAAAUACCAAAGGCCCAGCGCUGCCGAGCCACCCAGCACCGUAACACCUGCCUCCAGUUCAAGUCUUUCACCACUGCUUUUGCUGAGAAUGGCUGCCGUGUCUGAGCCAGAGAACUGGACCAGAAUGAUCACCUGCACUUUCUCCCAUCUUCCUGCACCAGAAGGUUCUCUCGGAAUGGAAUGGAAGAUGCCAAAAGGCCUAUUCUCUGAUCACUGUCUUUUCCCCUUGAUGCUUUGUAUUUGGACAAUUUAAGAAUGUAAGAAGAGCCCUGCUUGCUCAAGCCAAAGGCCCAUCUGGUCCAGUAUUCAGAUUCCAACAGGGGCUACCCAGAAGCCUCUUCCACAAGCCCUUCCCUGUUUUUUGUCCCCAGUCCAUGGUACUCAGGCUUAUUUUAAGCCAAAUUUUGGGUUACAGCCCAUUUGACCCACGAGUAUACCCCCUAGGUUCUGGCAUCACUUGGUGAUCGUCAUUGAUGGACCUAUCUUCCAUGGACAGGUCUAGAAAGUCUACAAGCCUGGUCUUUCAGCCAUCUCUCUGGGCACACUAACCAGAGGGAAAUUGUGAUUCAGAGGUUCUUAAACUCGAGUCCCCAGCUGUUGUUGGACUACAACUUCCAUUAUCCCCCUCUUAUAAGGACAAUAUUGGACAAUAUUGUCCCCUUGUUAAGUCUCUUUUUUGUAAUUCCUGCACAUUGGCUACUAUGUUGCAACUACCAUUUUUUAGUGCCACUUGGGUUCUCUGAUACUUUUUCUUUGUACUGGUCCCCAAAAAUGCACAUCUUUAAAACUGCAUAUGAUCAUAGCAACAGACAAAUGCAUGACCACAGCCAUAUUCACACUUUAAACAACAACUUUGGUCUAUGAAUAAGGACUGUUUGGCUGUGAUAAUGAUCACACUUCAGUGAGCAGCUUUAGCAUAAUUCUGUAAAGAUUUUUUUUUAAUGAGGUGUUUGUUUUGUGCCUCUGUCACUAGCUAACAUGCCUCACAAAGCUAUUUUGUUGAAUAAAGAGUAUCAUUCUAUA